AUGCAAAGCUAUCAUCUUUCAAUACUCAUCCUCUGUUUAGUAUUUCUAUUCAGCAGAGGAAACACUUCUUCUCCACCAAAUGUAGUUGUACGUAUCAGUAAUAUGACUGAGUCAAUGAAUACUGACGCUGUACGUAUUACUAAACAAGCAUUUGCGAAGUUCAAUGGUUAUUCGCUCAAAUCUCGUUCGGCUCUUGCGAAAUACAUUCGUUAUCAAUUCGAUCAACUUCAUAGUCCAUCAUGGCAAUGCAUCCUCGGCAAAGAUUUUGCACUGUCGAUCACUUCCGAUGACGAAAAACGUAUUAUUCUCGAUGUUGGUAAAGUUGCGGUAUUAAUUUUCAAAGGCAAAUGUUAA